UCUUAACCUUCCUUCUUAUUCGUCUUUCCUGGAUUCAUCCUUUUUAUAUUCUGCGUCGGAUUGAUCAUCAUGGCGUACUUCAAGCUACGCACCCCAAGACCUCCAGUAAAAACCAGACGGCCUCCAGUUCGCUCUAGCAUACAAAGCACCUACUUCUAUGACACCGACGAUGGUGACGAUCCCGACGGCGACUAUGUACAUGCAUGCGUCUAUGAUGAUGUACGAAAUGAAGAGAGCAUCAGAAAGGCCUGGCUGUUGAAAGCUCUGGCACUCUGCAGACAUGUAUGGCCAUCCGCCAAACGCGACAAGUUCUCUGUUGACUACCUUGGUCAUGGUGCAUUCAACUCUGUUUUCAGCAUUUCGAGAAAAGAAAGGAGUGGCCAAAGACACGAAUAUGUUUUACGGAUUCCCGAAGCCGAUCAGGACAUAACUCGUACAGUUGGUAUUCACAAGUAUCUGACCAAGUACACGAACUUGAAGGUACCCCGCGUCAUUACAUGGGAUGCUACUCCAUCCAACCCUCUACAACACGUCUACAUCAUCCUUGAACGGGUACCUGGAAAGUGUCUCGAGGAUGUCUGGCAAGAUCUUCCUUAUGGCCAAAAGUUAGUUCUGGCCCAGGAGAUGGCCCAAUUGUACCACAGUAUCGAGUCUAUCACAAACCCAUUCGCCGGAGUCAUCAAGGCUCACCGGCAGGAGGCAAAACAUUGUGAUGAAGCUAUCGAUCAAAUUUUUGUGGAGGCUUUCGGAGCUGGAACAGCAGAAUCACACGCCAAUCCGGUCAAUUGGGAUACCCCUAAAGACGGCAUUUUACCCAUUCGACGUGACCACCCACACUCAUCCGUGAGCGACAUUAUGCUUGCCAUCUUCAAGCGGCGCAUAUAUGAGAAAAAGAAUCGGGAAAUUACCAACGAAUUUACGCUCCGGCGGUACGAGCUAUGCCAAAGAAUAGUUGAGGACAUGGUGGAUAUGGGGCUAUUCGAUCCCCAGAAAGGUGCUGUGUGUCUAUGUCACCCAGAUUUAUUCCCUCGGAAUAUUAUGGUCGACUUUACUCCCAAAAUAACCAUCACCGGCAUACUGGAUUGGGACGAUGCUAUGUUCGCACCCAGAUUCGCUGGUCGUGUACUUCCGCGAUGGCUAUGGCAAUCGGUACCUGAGGGCGAGUCUGGAUCCUAUAUUCAUGACACAGAGCCAUUAGAUUCUAGAGAAAGCGAACCAGACUCGCCACAGAAUGCAGAGAUUAAAGCAGAGUUCGACUUUACCGUGGGAAAAGACUGGGUAUCUGAAGCAACUAGCGAAUGGCUUCGUCUAGCCAGAGCUUUACUCAGAUUCAGUCGAGAGGGACUAAUCCAUACACCAACCUUCGAGAGCAUCGCCAUAUGGAAGGAUAAAUGGGUUUCAUUGUCCACAGAUGCAGCCGAGAACCUUUACUUUUGGAGGGUGAAACGCAACUUGUCGAUCUUUCAGGAGCCAGAUGAACCCUUCUUCAACUGGAAAGACGACGAGGAAGUGUCCUACUGGGAUGAAGCGGCGGAGUCACGGAACCGUUUCGCGAGAGACCUAUUCAACGAACGCCUGCGCUGGAUUAUAUCCAUUCCCGCAAUCCCUUCUCGUUCCGAAGAACAACAAAUUGGCAUAGAUAGCUCGGCAAACUCGAUUAGUGAUGACGACCUAGUCCCAUCUAGUGCGAACAGUGACCCUCCAAUGCUUUUCAGUAUGGAGGACUCGAGCAUUCGCGAGAGAGUACAUGCUGCCACUCGAUUUUCGCUGCCUUGAAAGUCCCAUUCAUAGAGAGAUCCCUCAACAAUCACUCUACGAUACCGGCCUAAGAGAAGAGUGGAAUCAUAAUGAACACGGGAUAGUUUCGUGAGAGCAUCCCAUGAAUCAUUUCUCAGUGACUACUAAGGUCCAUCUGCCAUGACGGCCAGGUUUACCCGCUUGAGUGGCAAGAUUCUACCAAGACUCGCGAUGAGAACGUGCUAGUGGUUAGUCAUUAGGGUAUGAUGGGUUUCGGGCAGAGAUUACGGAAGGGUGCUUUGAUUGGGGGCUUCUUAUUUCCUUAUUUCCUUACCUUUUUCUUUCCUUUUUUUCCUAUGUUUUUCCUUUUCAGUUCGGCCGCCAAAAUCCGAGACGGCUUUUCCUAAUGAUUUCUGAGGCGUCAUAUGACGAACGCCCAUACGACACGAACGCAAUGGAGAUAGUCUGACCUGCUAAAUUAAUUCAGAGCCUCCGAUUGCACGCA